AUGCCGACAGCACUACAUCCCCAGGCAAAAUUCGACCCCAUACCGCCGGACCUUGACCUGCACGCACUCGUUGACGAUACGCCAAAUUUUGACUGGGUCGUCCGCAUCUCAAUAUCGCAAAUUAGGCGACUAGGCACAUCUGGCUUCGAGAAGCUUGUCCAGCUGCACGUCAUCGAAGGAGGUCGGCCUCUUGUGAUAGAAGGAUGGAAUAAAGUCCUUCCCGAGUCUCUUUUCAGUGCAAAAUGGCUAGAGGCGACCUAUGACAAGAAACAGGAGAAUGUGCGCGAUCUUUUCAAUCAGUCGGAUCUCCCAAUGACUAUGGGCCAUUACCUGCGAUCGAUGCGACAGCUCACCAACCAGUGGAGCCCGACCAACUUUCGAGAUGAACGUCGGCAACGCUUGUACCUCAAAGAUAUCGAUUGCCCUCCUGAAUGGUUCGACCACUUGCGCAAAAUCAUUCCCCCAAAUGUCUUGUACAUGAACGAAAACGUCAGCGAGAACACUGGGCCUGAUGCACAUCCCGAUGAUGACAUCUUUGGUGCACCAGAACCGACCGCAGCUGUCGCAGGAGAUUUGAUGAGUUGCUUGCCAGAGGAGAUGCGAGCACAGAACCUCAUGUGCUACAUUGGACACGAAGGCACGUACACUCCCGCACACAAAGAGAUGUGUGCAAGCUUGGGCCAUAAUAUCAUGGUUGAUGCUUCAGGCAGUGAAAAUGGUAACAAGCCUGGAAGCUCUCUAUGGUUCAUGACGGAGACCAAGGAUCGCGAGGUUGUCCGCGAAUAUUUUCUAUCCAUGCUGGGCCACGACGUCGAAAUUGAAAAACAUUUCGCCCAAAUCAAUGCUUGGAAGAAAGCAAACUUUCCCGUUUACGUAGUGGAACAGAAGGUGGGCGACUUCAUUCUGGUUCCACCCCUGGCGCCUCACCAAGUUUGGAAUCGAGGAACCAGAACGACAAAGGUUGCGUGGAAUCGCACUACUGUCGAAACCCUUGACCUCGCAUUGCACGAGGCUCUGCCACGGUCGAGGUUGGUCUGUCGAGAUGAGCAAUACAAGAACAAGGCUAUCAUCUACUUCACAUUGGAGAAAUACUAUGCAGAGCUUCAGAAGGCCGAAGAUACAGCUGAGUCGAGUCUGCUUGGUCUAGGCAGGGAGUUGACAAACUCGCCCCGUCUGCGACAGAUGGCGAACGACUUUCGCCGACUUUACGGCCUCUUCACCGAGAUUCUGAUCGACGAGAUGUUCGGGUUCAAGCAAAAUGACACCGAGUUCAUUGAGUUCGAUUCAAAUAUCACGUGCUCAUAUUGCAGGUCCAACAUCUUCAAUAGGUUUCUGACCUGCAAAUGCUGUACGCGACAGCUGCUAAAUGGUGACGAAGACACCUACGACAUUUGCAUGGAAUGUUACGCCAUGGGUCGGUCGUGUGUUUGCAUUUCAGGGCUACAAUGGUGCGAGCAGUGGCGUUGGGAGCAUUUGGUGGACAAGCACGAGACUUGGCGUGCCAUGGUCAUCAAGCAGGAUGGCUUUGUCGAUAUAGACUACUCCCCACAACCUCUAGAGGUUGCUCGAAAGAAGACGGGGAAGAAGUCGAUAGCACAAAUCUGUCAAGAGCAGCUACGUCGUCGACCUUGGAAUGACAUCACCAAACCGGCAGUCGAACGCACGGCUGAAGAGUCUGAACCCGAACCCGAGGUCGACGAAGAAGGCCGUGUCAAGAAGAAACCCAAGCCCAAAAGAAAAGUUAAGAAAGGCGACACGUAUCGAUGUCAUGUGUGUUGUCACAAAGAUUACACUUAUAGGCUGAACUUUUGUACAACAUGUCAAGAAGCAUACUGCUAUGGUGUGCUGUUCAGAGCAUUUGAUACGAUGCCGCAGGCUGCCAUGGAGCAGGAACAUUGGCAGUGUCCAAAAUGUCUCGGCAUCUGCAAUUGCGGAUCAUGCAGGCGCUCAGGCAAUACUCAGCCGUAUGUGCCCAAAUCCACACUGCUGGGGCACGAUACACGGCGAAUAGCCGAUGAUCGCAGUGUUGAGUCCGUUGUGGACUUCCGUGUUCAUAAUCUCGGCUGGCUCAAAGGUGCUGGAGAGGAGACGCGAAGCAGCAACACGAAGAGAAUGCAGCGUUUGAAAGAGCAAGCUGAAGCCGAGAAGGCCAGAGACCCGUUGGCAGCUCUUGAACCUACUGAGGAUGGUCCUCAAGACAUGGAUAUGGCGCUACAAGGUUCCAUCAUGGACGGCGAUAUUCAAGUUGUCCCAGCAGAUGAACAAGAUCCAAACACCAGCCGCGUGCAGAUGGCUGACAUGGGUGCACAAAACCCCGAAGGUGACUCGGCUUACCCAGAUCCAUCUGCCUAUCCCAGCCCAUCUAUGGGUGGCCGUAUGAUGGGUAUGGGCUUCUAUGAGCAGGACGAUAGUGCGGAUCGCAUUUUGUUCGAUGCAUUUCAAAUGCCUUCUGCUGAUGCCCUUGACCACGAACCUGAGGUAUCCGAUUUCGUCAAGAAAACCUUGCGAUUGGCCAAGCGGAAAGCACGACUCGAAACUGAUGAUGAUCCCGACUUCCGCGGACCGAGAAGCCAUCACCGCAAGAAGCCAAAAACGGGCAACCUUGAUCAACUUGUGAAUCUUGACCCUGCACUCCUCGGUUCGCUAGGAAAUGCGGAUGGCAGUGAAAAUGCCACGCCGAACCGCUCGGACGCCCGGUCGGCUGAAGGUUCUGCAGCGCCUGAAGCACAGCAAAACGAGAUUAUAGCAGAUUCCGAUAAGCGCCAGCAGAAGCCGGUCAGGCCACCAUUGCCGAUAGAACCUCUCAAUCCCACAUUGCGCCAUGCCAAGCCUGCACAAUCCUAUGUGGAAGCUGAAGAGAUCGUGGAGGAUCCUGAUGACAUUGUAACUGUCAACCCGAUCAGGCUGUUUGGUGCAGAAGAGGACCCCGUUCAAGUAGUUGAUUCAGUCGAUCUCGCCGCGGAUGCUAUUCGGGCACUGACAGGACAAGACGAACCAUCAACCACAAAGCCAACUCCUCAACCAGGGGCCAAGAAGCGUGGUAGGCCUCCUGGACGGCCUCGCGCUUCGCUUGCAGCUGAUACAACAAUCUCGGCUGGAAAAGAACCCAAGAAAAGGGGACGCCCUUCAAGGCUUGGCCUAUCAGAUAAGGCAAGCGAAAAUGCCGCCAUUAGUACUGAGGAUCCGCCUGAUCAGGAUAAUCAAGCUGAUCAAGACGGUGAGAACUCUGGUAUUGACGGUUUGGAGGCCGAGCUCGAAGCAGCAUUGAUGCGCGAUGAUGACCAGAAUGAGAGUCCUGCUCAUGAAGCCCCUGCAGGCGAGCCUACGGCAAGGCGAAGGGGGCGGCCGCCUGGACGAAAAUCAAUGCCCGCUGUUGCAUCGGAACCUGGACCAGACGAACCUCUGGAAAGGCGGAGGGGCCGUCCGCCCGGACGAAAGUCAAUGCCAGCUGCCACUUCAGCGCAUGACCCGGAGCCGGAAUCUCAAUCUGCGCCAGCACCUGUAUUUCCGAAAAUGUUGUCUAUGCGAGACCGCAUGGCGGCCAGAGGCAAAGGGUUUAAGAUGCGAGCUAGAACCAGCAUCAACCCACAGCGAACCCCCAAAACCGAUUCUGCUAAGUCCACCCCAGCAUCCAAGAGCAAAUCCCCGGGGCCUGUUACGGGCGCCGAGAGCACCAGCACAAAUGGUCUUCAUGGCCGGUCAGAGUUAUUCGAUGAUGAUUUCGGCAUGGAACAAGAAGAGUCCUCUUCAGAGUCGUCGGCAGACGAAGAGGAAAAUCAAGUCCAAGUCCGCAAUACUCGAAAUCACGGCAAUCCUACGGUUGUCAGACUAGACGUGACUGACGACAGCUUUGGGUCAUCGGACAGUGAAAGUAUUUUUGAUGAUGACGACGAUGACGAGGGUAUUCCCGCCAAGCCAGUGUUCACAGCUCGGAGGGGAGGGGCAGGUCGAGGUGUUGGCAUGGCGACCAGAGGUCAAAGAGGUAGACCUCGUGGACGAGGUCGACGUUAA